UAUAUAAAGGACUCCCAAACUGAGCAUUUGAACACACAAACCCUAAUUUAAACCUUAAAUCCUCUCAAUUUCUAAAACAUUUGAUUCGAUGGGGCUUCGAAUUUUUCUAGCGCUAAUCGGUUUUACUUUUGUUCUUUUAUCACCGGCCAUUUUAGGAUAUAAUGUUAUUGAGGUCGAGUCGUGGUGCAAAAAAACACCCAAUCCCGGACCAUGCGAAUAUUUCUUAUCCCACAAUCCAACCAACACUCCGAUCACGAAAGAGUCGGAUUUUUUGAAAAUUUCGACCGAUUUAGCGUUGCAGCGAGCCAUGCAUGCACAAGUCAAAACCUACUCAUUAGGCACAAAGUGUAGAAAUGAGCAUGAAAAAGCUGCUUGGGAAGAUUGUCUUGAGCUUUACGAAGCUACAAUCCAAUGGCUAAACCAAACCACCACUAGCAAGUGCACCAAGUACGAUUCACAAACAUGGCUCAGUACGGCUUUGACCAACCUUGAAACGUGCCGAACCGGGUUCAUGGAGCUUGGGGUACCCGAUUAUGUCUUACCCUUGAUGUCUAACAAUGUGUCCAAAUUAAUCAGCAACACAUUGGCUAUGAACCAUGUACCGUACGAGGAACCGAGUUACAAAGGCGGUUUUCCGACGUGGGUUCGACCUGGUGACCGGAAACUCUUACAGGCAACUUCUCCAACUGCUCAGGCUAAUAUCGUGGUGGCUAAGGACGGGUCUGGAAAUUUUAUGACAAUUAAGGAUGCGGUUGAGGCUGCAUCAAAAAGAUCAGGGACUGGAAGAUUUAUAAUAUAUAUUAAGGCAGGAGUAUAUCAUGAAAAUAUUGAGGUUGGAAAAGGGUUGAAGAAUCUUAUGUUCGUUGGUGAUGGUAUUGGGAAAACUAUUGUUACCGGGAGUAAAAGUGUUGGAGGUGGUGCUACAACUUUUAGGUCUGCUACGGUUGCGGUUGUCGGAGAAGGAUUUAUUGGUCGGGACAUGACAUUUAGAAACACAGCCGGUCCACAAAACCACCAGGCAGUCGCUCUCCGAUCCGGCGCCGAUCUCUCAGUAUUCUACAAAUGUAGCUUCGAGGGCUAUCAGGACACUCUUUACGUCCAUUCUCAGAGACAAUUCUACAGAGAAUGCGACAUUUACGGAACCGUUGACUUCAUAUUCGGAAACGCCGCCGUUGUACUUCAGAACUGCAACAUCUUCGCACGUAACCCACCGAACCGAACCAACACUCUUACGGCUCAAGGAAGAACCGACCCGAACCAGAACACUGGAAUUUCAAUCCAUAACUCUAGGGUUACGGCCACUCCUGAAUUAAGCGCCGUGCAAAGCUCCGUCAGAACAUACCUAGGCAGACCUUGGAAACAAUAUUCAAGAACCGUUUUCAUGCAAACGUUUCUGGAUAGUUUGAUAAAUCCAGCUGGAUGGAUGGAGUGGAGUGGUAAUUUUGCCCUAGAUACUUUGUACUAUGGUGAGUACAUGAACACUGGUCCUGGUUCAUCUACUGCUAGCCGAGUUAGUUGGAAAGGCUACCGAGUCAUCACGAGUGCGACCGAGGCAUCUCAGUUCACCGUCGGCAGUUUCAUUGCCGGAGGUUCUUGGUUGCCGGGAACAAAUGUACCGUUCACUGCGGGACUUUAAGUGGUUUAUCUUGAUUUUGUUUAAGGUAAAUAUAACUUGAGUUGUUCAGGGAUAAAAAAAACAAUUUCUAUCGCCCAAGAAAAUAAGGCAUGGGUUUCAUUAUCUGUAUUUUUUUUUUUUCAAUUUGAUAAUUGUAUCUUUGAUCUUGUAAUUUAAAGUUUGAAAUGUAAUGCUAAUAUUAAUUUUUGUCA